AAACCGAAGCCCGUUACUUGGAUGUCUCUACCUCACAAACCACAAUUAUUUAUUCUCGCCAUCUGUCGCCUUUCCGAACCUCUAUCUAAUACCUGUCUUCUUCCGUAUUUAUAUUACCUCAUACGCUCUUUACAACCUACAGAUGAUACAAGUCCAGCUUCGAUUUCGAGACAAGCAGGUUUACUAGUAUCUCUCUUCGCCCUCUCACAAUUCGCGACCUCGGUCCCAUGGGCCAGUUUCGCCAAUCAUUUCGGCAGGAAACCUACAAUUAUCAUUGGAAUUGUCCUCUCAAUAAUCUCCAAUGUCGGAUUCGGUUUCUCAACCACGAUUCCGGCCGUGAUGUUUUGGCGGAUUCUGGCGGGGUUGGGAAAUGGAAAUAUUGGCGUGAUGCGCACAAUGACAGCUGAGAUUGUCAAGGAGAAGAAGUACCAGAGUCGUGCAUUCUUGUUACUUCCUCUGAUCUUCAAUGCGGGUGUUGUCAUUGGCCUUUUCCUUGGAGGAUGCCUGGCACAACCUAUUAUCAACAUCCCGUGGCUUUUUGGACCCGAAGGAGCGUGGAAUUUUGCAAAGGAUCCAGAAGGAGUUGCGUGGAUGCGAGAAUACCCUUUUGCUCUACCUACUCUUUUCAACGCUGGAGUUUUGAUGUGUAGUCUCUUCUUUGCAGUCUUUGGAUUGAAAGAGACUAUGCCUGGGAAGACUGAUCAUAAAGAUUGGGGCUUGGGAAUUGGAGAUGCAGGAAUCCGACUUUUUAAACGUCUAUUCAUGAAGGAGAAAUCCUCUGGCUAUGCAGUACUCAACACAGACGAGCGAAACGAUAGCGAAAUUGGCCUCCUCGAAACCGAACCCAACACCCCAAAGACACCACUUCCACAGAUCAGCCAACCCUCCACCCCACGACCAAGACUCUCCAUCUUCUCCAAGGAGAUAUACACCCGCGAAGUUCUUUACACCUUUAUAUCCUUCGCCCUCCUCCCCCUCCACAACGCAGCCUUCAUGCAAAUCUUCCCCGUCUUCCUCUCCACACCCCCCUCAUCAACCCCCUCCUACUCAGCCAUCAAAUUCAACGGCGGCCUCGGCCUCGCCUCCCCCACAAUCGGCAUCUUCCUCUCCGCCUUCGGCAUCUUCGGAAUCCUCAUCCAACUCCUGAUCUACCCCUCCCUCCAAGCCUGGCUCGGCACCCUGCGCAGCUACCGCGUCGCCCUGGCCAUCUUCCCCAUCGCCUACAUCGUAGCGCCGUACAUCUGUCUGAUCCCAUCGAGUAACUUCCCGGCUCAGGCGGCGGCUAUCGCGUGUAUCCUCUUCUUGCAGGUCACGGCCCGCACGUUCGGGAUCCCGUCCACGGUUAUCUUGCUCACGAAUUCGGCGCCGAGUCCGUUGGCGUUGGGGGCUGUGCAUGGGGUGGGGAAUAUGCUGAGUAGUUUGGCGAGAGCGGUGGGUCCGGCGCUGGGAGGGGUGAUUUUUGGAUGGGGAGUGGAGGAUGGUGCGGUGGGGUUGGUUUGGUGGGGGUAUUUGACUGUGAUUUCGUUGGUGGGGUUGGGGUGGAGUUGGAUGUUGAGGGAGGGGGAGAGGCCAGUUGAGAAG